AUGCCUCAAUUAAUCUCACCACUAGCCCUCCGGGCUUUACGGUCACUGACACAGCGUCCGAAUAUCAAUAUCUCCACACCCCUCCGAACCCUCACAACAUCCACCAAUGCGUUCCGCCAACCAACAGCGCUCACCUCCCGCUUCAACUUCAAGCCCGUUCUCCGGACACAAACGGCCAUUACACUGUCAGCGAGCACGCGCCAGUUUUCUUCUUCGCCUAUUAUUCGCGCGACGUAUAACCAGGUUCGCAAGGGAUGCCGAGUUGGUCAGAAGGCGCGCCGGGGUCGUUCCCCUGCGUUGAAGAAUCAUCCGUCGCUUAAGGGUGUUUGUCUAAAGACUGCUAUUACGAAGCCUAAGAAGCCUAACUCUGGAGAGCGUAAGAUUGCCAGAGUGCGCUUGAGUACCGGAAAGGUUAUUACUGCUAUUAUUCCUGGUGAAGGUCACAAUAUCCAGCAGCACAGUGUUGUUCAGGUUCGUGGUGGUCGUGCCCAGGAUUGUCCUGGUGUGAAGUACCACUUGGUUCGUGGUGCGAUGGAUCUGGGUGGUGUUGGAAGCCGAAUGACUAGUCGUUCUAAGUACGGCACUAAGAAGCCUAAGAGCAGCUAG